GAUUCUUAUGUAGGACGAUUUGUCCGGCUCGACGUACAUAGGGCAUAUUGCAUAGACGUGACAUCUUUCGCAAUCAGUCUCUUCUUGAACUCGCGGCAGCGCUGAACCAUCGCGCUUACGAAUACCAACCCGACAGACCCGGCGCGGUUGAAGAAAGGUUUCGAUACGAAGUACAGCACCAGCUCUGUCUGUUUCGUCUCCAAUGCCAACAGAGAACAAAAUUCGAUUGCUAAUAUAUCUUAUAAUAUCUGGUUUGAAUUGUCAUCAGCUUGUGAGACAUGCCGCCAACACUGUCACAAGCACAAGGUCAAGGCCAUGAACAUGUUCAAGGACAAGGAGUCUUUGCAGAGAUAUCUGCAGCACUGCGGGAACGUAUCAUGAUCUUCGAUGGUGCGAUGGGGUCAAUGAUCCAAACCUAUAAGUUUGAUGAGAAGGCUUUUCGUGGAGAAGAGUUCUGUAAUCAUCCGAAGGACUUGAGAGGAAACAACGAUCUCUUGACAUUCACUCAACCUGAUGCUAUCUAUGCAAUACACAAGGCUUAUUUGGAUGCUGGAGCUGACUUUAUUGAAACAAACACAUUCAGUGGAACAUCAAUAGCACAAGCAGAUUAUGGUCUAGAACAUUUGGUAUAUCGUUUGAAUAAGGAGGCUGCGGAACUCGCUAAGAAGGCUACCAAUGCAUCAAUGAUAGAAACAGGAGUUAAGCGUUAUGUAGCUGGUGCUAUGGGUCCAACCAACAGAACACUCUCAAUCUCACCAUCAGUAGAAAACCCUGACUACAGAAAUAUCACGUUUGACGAGAUGGUUUUUUCAUAUGAAGAGCAAGGCAGAGGUCUGUUAGAUGGAGGAGCUGAUGUUCUACUGGUAGAGACUAUCUUUGAUACGCUCAAUGCAAGGGCAGCUCUCUAUGCUAUUCAAAAUCUCUUUGAAAAAAGUUAUCAGCAAGUUCCUGUGUUUAUAUCGGGAACGAUAGUAGAUAAGAGUGGGCGUACGUUGUCUGGUCAGAUGAGCGAAGCGUUUGUGAUCAGUGUAUCUCAUAUGAAUCCUAUGUGCCUAGGGUUAAACUGUGCUCUGGGUGCCAAUGAGAUGAGACCAUUUAUAGAAGCUAUUAGUUUAGCAACACCUUCAUAUGUCUUAUGUUAUCCCAAUGCAGGUCUACCCAACACAUUUGGUGGUUAUGACGAGACCCCUGAAAUGACGGCAGACCAGCUUGGUUCCUUCGCUCGUGACGGCUUGGUCAAUAUAGUAGGAGGCUGCUGCGGCACCACACCCGCUCACAUCAAAGCAAUAGCAGAUGCCGUCAGGAUUUACAAACCAAGGAUACCACCCACGGAUGUUCAUCCAAGUUCAAUGAUGCUGUCAGGAUUGGAGCCAAUGAUCGUCAGCAAGCACACCUUGUUCGUCAAUAUUGGAGAGCGUUGCAAUGUGGCUGGUUCAAAGCGGUUUGCAAAGCUAAUCAAGCAAAGCAAAUAUGAUGAAGCGCUGAACGUAGCUAAAGAACAGGUAACUGCAGGAGCUCAGGUCCUUGAUAUUAACAUGGAUGAAGGAAUGUUGGAUGGAGUACAGGCCAUGACAAAGUUUGUUAACCUCAUCGCAUCAGAACCAGAUAUAUGCAAGGUACCUCUAUGUAUUGACUCCUCCAAGUUCCAAGUGAUAGAGGCCGGCUUGAAGUGUAAUCAGGGCAAGUGCAUCGUCAACAGCAUCAGCCUCAAAGAAGGGGAGCAAGACUUCCUGGAGAAGGCUCGCAUCAUCAAGAAACAUGGAGCUGCGGUGGUUGUCAUGGCGUUUGACGAGACGGGACAGGCUACUGAGAUAGACAGAAAGGUCGAGAUCUGCACACGUUCUUUCAACUUGCUGGUACAGGAACUUGGUUUUGACCCCAAUGACAUCAUCUUUGACCCCAACAUCCUCACCAUAGCAACAGGGAUGGAGGAACAUAACGAAUAUGGCAUCAACUUCAUUGAAGCCACUAAAAUAAUCAAGGGGAGUUUACCUGGAUGUAGAAUCAGUGGGGGUUUAUCAAACCUAUCGUUCUCAUUCCGAGGGAAGGACGUCAUACGAGAAGCUAUGCAUAGUGUAUUCUUAUACCAUGCUAUUAAGGCUGGAAUGGACAUGGGUAUCGUGAAUGCUGGAAACCUUCCGCUCUAUGUUGACAUUGAACCUAAACUUCUUCAACUAUGUGAAGAUCUUCUGUGGAACAGAGACCUACUUGCUACUGAAAAGAUAUUGGAGUAUGCCGAGAACCUCGGAGCUGGAGCUAAGAAAGCAGUUGCAGACGAGUCAUGGAGGAAUGAUAGUGUGGAGGAUAGAUUAGAGUAUUCACUCGUCAAGGGUAUUGACAAGUAUGCAGUAGAAGACACUGAAGAAGCAAGGCUGAAUAGUGAGAGAUAUCCAAGACCAUUGCAUAUCAUUGAGGGACCACUCAUGAAAGGUAUGAGUAUUGUUGGUGAUCUGUUUGGAGCGGGUAAGAUGUUUUUACCUCAGGUUAUCAAAUCAGCGAGGGUGAUGAAGAAAGCCGUCGGUCAUCUCAUUCCGUUCAUGGAGAAAGAAAAGGAAGAAGCCUUCAAGGAAUCGGGACAAGAACAGUCUUUCAAUAGCGGUACCAUAGUCCUAGCCACGGUCAAGGGAGAUGUACACGACAUCGGCAAGAACAUUGUAGGCGUUGUAUUAGGCUGUAAUAAUUACAGGGUAAUUGACCUUGGGGUCAUGACCCCAUGCGAGAAGAUACUCCAGACAGCUAUUCAAGAAAAAGCCGACAUUGUUGGACUAUCUGGUCUGAUAACACCCUCUCUUGAUGAGAUGAUCCAUGUUGCCAAGGAGAUGGAGAGACUUGGUUUCUCCCUUCCGUUGCUCAUAGGGGGCGCUACAACUUCUAAAACCCAUACAGCCGUCAAGAUUGCACCGUGCUACUCCUCACCUACUAUCCAUGUACUAGAUGCCUCCAAGAGUGUUGUAGUGUGUUCAUCAUUAAUUGACCAAGAUCAGUAUGAUGACUUUGUUGAAGACAUCAAAGAAGAAUAUGAAGAAGUUAGAGAAGAUCACUAUGAUUCUCUUAAGGAUAGAAAAUAUCUUUCUCUGUCAGAAGUCAGAGAAAGGAAGUUUGAAAUCGAUUGGAGCGUCUUUGAGCCUGUUGAACCAUCUUUCAUUGGAACAAAGGUUUAUGAGGAUUAUGACCUAUCUCUUCUGGUUCCUUAUAUUGACUGGAAACCAUUCUUUGAUGUAUGGCAACUGAGAGGGCGCUAUCCAAAUAGAGGAUAUCCGAAGAUCUUCAAUGACAAGCUAGUUGGUCAGGAAGCCAAGAAGGUGUUUGAUGAUGCCCAGGAUAUGCUGAAGAAGGUUAUUGAUCAGAAGCUUCUGAGAGCUAGUGGUAUCAUCGGUCUGUAUCCUGCCCACAGUGUAGGGGAUGACAUCCAUGUAUUCUCUGAUAGCGAGAAGACCUGCUCUCAUAAACCCGAUGCUGUAUUCUACGGUCUCAGACAACAGGCUGAGAAGGAGAGUGAAUACUACACAUGUCUGUCGGACUUCAUAGCACCUAAAGAGACAGGAAUCAUAGACUACGUCGGUGGCUUUGCUGUGUCUGUAGGGUUUGGAGUAGACGAGAUGUGUAAGAGGUUUGAGGAGGAGAUGGAUGAUUAUAGCAUUAUUAUGAUCAAGGCUCUAGCUGAUAGGCUAGCUGAGGCCUUUGCUGAGGCUCUACAUGAGAGAGUUCGUAAGGACUUGUGGGGUUAUAGUAAUACAGAGAACCUAGAGGUCAAUGAACUACACAAGAUCAAUUAUGAUGGUAUCCGCCCAGCUCCUGGCUACCCUUCCCAACCAGACCAUACAGAGAAAGAGACCAUGUGGAAUCUAAUGGACAUUGAGACCAGUACCGGUAUUAGUCUAACCGAAUCACUAGCCAUGGAUCCAGCAGCCUCAGUUUCUGGACUCUACUUUGCUCAUCCUAAAUCAUUCUAUUUUGGUGUGGGAAAGAUUGCUAAAGAUCAGGUUGAGGAUUAUGCUGCCAGGAAACAGAUGGAUGUGAAAGAUGUAGAGAAAUGGCUUCGACCGAUCCUGUCUUACGACUGUUGACAUCAGUAUCAUCGAGUCCUUACUGCAUCCAUUCAUGUAAUAUUCAGUGAGCACUACUCUCUGGAUGGGUAGAACUGAAGCAGGGUUUCAAGCUCUCCUGAUUUUGUGCUUUACAUCUGUGCAUUGGUCUUGUUAGCAGGGGGUCUGUUACACAAUAGCAAUUGAUCAUACAAUGUGAUGUGAUGGCAUAUUAUCAUCAAUACAUGCAAUCAAUCGCCACAUCACAUUUGUAAUAUUUCAAAUGUGUAUUGUUUCGAAAUUGCUCUUGAAACUUGAUCUUUGUGACUUUGUGCAUUUUUCUUCCUUACUGAGCACAUAAUCUAAUCCUUGAGGGUUUGGCGCUUUCACGAUAAACAUCUGCCCUCCGAUUUACUUUUGUGUUACAGAGCCAGUAUAUUUUAAUGAUGAAAUUGUUAAUGGAUAUUAUCAUGAUUGCUCUGUAAAGGAUUCUGAAAUUUUGAAAUCAGAAAGAGUACUAUGUAAAUAAAUUAUUACUCUUCCUCUUUUACAUUAUUGUGCUGGAAUCCUAGCUACAAAUUUUAGGUUACGUCUAUUUUUGCAGAGCAUGAAAUCCGGCCAAGUCUCAGUUGGCAUACAUGGUCACAAUGGGUGAUGUGUAUUUUGUCAGGGGCAUUUGAAAAAUCACCUGGAUCAUACACUUUCACUCUCAUAUAUCUUAAGAUGAUGUUUGAACGUUUGCGUGGUGGUGUGAACAAUGGCGGAAUGGACUAAGCUACACCAUAUGUAACGUCCUGGAAAGGACAGAGAGAGUGGAAAGGGGUAGAAGUGAAAUAUAGAGGCGGGAAAGUUGAGGUUAGAAAGUAGAGCAUCUCUUUCGGGAAAUGAGCAAGGACUGUAAACCAGGAAGAUUGAAAAACCUUGAGUACGGGCAAGAUGACAGGCCUGAGUUGGAGAGGUUGGAGAGAAGGCUGGCUUGACUCGGCGAGUGGAGUUGUAGAGCCGGAGCAGAUAGAAAUCUUGACGUUUCUGGCAGGUUGACUGUCCGUCUUCAAGAAUCAGUGUAUUAUGUUUAAGAUCUAUGAACUAUUUAUUUGCACCUAAUUGAAUGGUAUUUCAGGGAUAUAAAAUAUUGGUUUCUUUUGAUAUUUGUACCUAUUAAUGUAAUAUUAUUAUGCAUAAGGAUAUAAAUGUGCAGAUACGUUGACAUAUUUCAUUUUGAAAAAUGCGUUUGUAUUUGAUUAUUUGUCAAAUUGUGCUAAUAAUGUUAUGCAAUUCGAAUGUAAACUAACUGUACAUGUGACCUUCAGUUCAAAGUUGUAUUUGAUUGAAACAAAGAUUUAUCUGAUGACAUACUUAUCUAUUUUUAUAAGCCCGUCCUACGGAAAGUAUUAUGGUAUCACGCUCGGUGUCUGUGUCCGUCUGUCUAUCCGUCCGUCCGUUAAAUUUUCCUUGUAAAUGUGAUAACUUCAGUUUAACUUAACCUAGGCUCAUAUAAUUUGGUGUGUAUGAUACUAGCAUGGAUCUCAGGAAGCCUCUUGAUUUUGAGGUCAAAAGGUCAAGGUCACAGUGAAAUGUUUUCAUCUUACCCUUCUGAAGUCCUUGUUAAUGCGAUAACUUCAGUUUAACUUAACCUAGGCUCAUAUAAUAUGGUGUGUAUGAUACUAGCAUAGAUCCCAGGAAGUCUAUUGAUUUGGAGGUCAGAAUUUUUUUUACAAUAUUCUAGAUAUGCAAUGUGCAGUUUUGGAGAAGCAAACUUGAGAUGCAGACAAAUUUUUUAAUAUAAAAUGCGCUGUAAUUCGAUCCGCGAAAAAAAUUAUUAUAGAUGAUAAACCGUCAAUCACAAUAUCGCUUCUAUCUUAAAACAUGCAUACAUUUUCCAAAAUAAAACACAUGGAACUAAGAUUACCCAAGUGAAACUAGAACUGCACAUUGAUUUUCUAGGAUUUAAUUUUUUUUCUCAUUUUCUGCGCAUACAGUUUGUGCAAAAUGAAUGUUGAAUCACAAACUGCUUCUUUCCAAUCAUGGCCUAAUUGACAGCCGAACAGAAUAGGAUCGAAAUAAAUAAAUGUGAAGGGAGGACAGUGGCAGUCGCAUGUUAGGAAACUCAUAAUAUCCAUCUCUAAAGCCUAUAGUUCACACCUUUGCGUUUUAAGCUGCACAUUUCUGUGUUAGCCAAAACAGCAAUACGCAGUCUAAUACAGCAUACCAUGCAGCAAAAUAUUUGGUUGUAAACACCAUUUGGAGCUGGUACAAAGUUUAAGUAGUAAAAGCAAAGUGAUGCGAGCUAAAGUGAGACCAUGCCUGCGCAAGCUGCUCACUGUUGCUCGUCCUCAUGCUUAUUUUGCAUUAUUAGCAUUUCUUAUCAGGGGUAAUUAUUCCAAAGGAUUUUAUCCCCAAGAUAGCUUGGUUUAUAGGGUUUAAGGAAUUUAUGUAUGAUACUAAAAUGAAAUCUUUAACAGGUUGAAUUACAUAUUGCCAAUUCUAUGAAAUGUGUAUUUCCUUAAAGAAAUCAAUUUCACUGAUGCAAUUUCCCUUAGAUCCAAUGCAUUGCAUCACACAAAUUGAAAGGGGACUUGCUCCUAAACUUAGAAAAGUACCUUGACAGAGCUCCACAUGAUAACUACCAUGGCGACAUAGCUCAUUAAUCAAUCGCAAUCAUGGUUUCCAUGGUAGUUACAUUAAGGCAAAAUAACAGCAGAUACUAUUCAUGGAAUAGACCCCUUGUAUAGCAUGUAAGCAUAUGAAGCCCAAAUAGGAAGCUUAUUAUAAAAGUUAUCAAGCACAAUAUCAUUAGAAAAAUCAUGAACACUUUGAUUCCAAAUAGGCAAGAUAUGUGAGGAAUUAUUCUCAUGUUGAACUCAUAGAUAAGAAUAAAAAUCAUGUCUUUGACAAAGUUUUAACUUUCCAACAAAACAAAUUGUGUGAUUGAUGUUCGUAUUUUAAUACCUGAAUCAAAUUCCAAGUGAAUUUUUAUAUCAGAAAUUGCCAAUUUUCAUAAUAGUUGCUAGAUGUAUUCCUUUGGCAUUACUGUGUGUGAAAAGACUUUUUUGUGUUUGUCUAUCUUAUCUGUGCAUUUUAAAAAUGCUGUUUUGUGUUAUUAGGUUGUUAGGUUUUUUUGUAACUUAAACAGUUCUGGCAUGUAAUUGGCCUUCAUUUGAAUUCAAAUUUCAUUUCAUUUUUUUUUUAUAAUAUAUUACAAUAUAUUAUACUGCAGUCGAUUAUGGUAGACUAAAUGGACAUUUUAGGAUUUUAACUAAUUGUAAUUUUGGUAUUCUUCAUCUUUAUCAUUGUUUUCAAAACCGAUAUUUUGGGGCCACAUCCCCCCAACCCCCCCCCCAAAAAAAAGAAUUCAGUACAAGUGACUUCUCUUUUUCAAAUAGAUCAAUCUCAGUUUGAUUCUUAAUUGAUCUCAAUUAUGUUGUUACAGGGAUACUCCAGGCUGAAAACAAAACAAUGAAAAUUUGAUCAAAAUCGGACAAGGAAUAACAAAGUUAUGACAUUUCAAAGAUUUGCAUCAUUUCGAUGAAACAGUUCUAUGCAUGCCAUCAUGAAUAUUCAAUGAAUAAACUGAUAGCAUCACAUUCCUACUUGUUCUUUUGCGUUUUAUUGCAUGAAAUGUUCAUUCAAUUUUUUUCCCCGAGAUAAUGAAUCAAAUUGGAUUUACAACUGAUUAAAUGCAUUUGAUAUUCAUUGCUGCAACUUAUUUUAUUACAUUGGAGACUUAUCAUCCACGCAUGUAUGAAAAUAUGAAAAAAUAAUGAUUUUGUGUAAUAAUAAUAAUAAUAAUAAUGAUAGCGGCAUAUCUACCCAGGGUAGCCACUUCAGUUCCGAAAACUGUUCUCCCAGCGGGCCCUGCUAAUAACAAAAGAAAGAGGAAAGUGCGGAUAUGACAUCAUCAGUCCACCUAAUGAAUAUGUGUGACAAUGUGCAUAUAACUUUUCACAAAAUAUUGCUAAACUUGAAGUUAAAAAGUUUUAUUUUAAAGUUUUUAUUUAUUUUUAGUUUAAAUAAAUUUUUAAAUAAGAUUUUGAUGAAAUCUUCAGCAUUUAGCUCGGGAAUUUUACUCUAUUUAUUGAAAUAUUAUUAUUUUCAGAUCAGAGUACCCCUUUAAAAGAAAUAGGAAUUUAGAUCAAUCUCAAUUUGAUACUUGAUUGAUCUCAAAUUGUGUAUUUAGGCUAUAGGAAUUUAGAUCAGUAUUAUGAUUCUCAAAAGGAAUUGAGUUUUAAAUUACUACAUUGUUCAGUUGAGAUUUUUCAUCACAAAAUACAGAAAAAAAUAAUUGUAUUUAUUUCAGGCUUAUCCCAUGAAAUUCAUAUUCUGUACACAUGAACACAGGGUAUUAUUUUUCUAUGUAUGACCUAACCUUCUGAAAUAUAAUUAUGGUUCAAAUAAAAACUAAUGUCUAACAACAUA